GUGCCCGUGGGCGGAGAGAGCAGAGGCGGUUCCGUUGGUUUUCCUCUCUUUAAAUUCCUCUCUCCCUUCCAACUCAAAUCCGCCCUUCUUCUCCUUCUUCGACUUCUUCGACCAAGAACCCCUUCUAUUCUCUUCGUACGAUCUCGCCAUUGACGCACUCGCUCCAUCGACGCAAGCCCACCUCUGUUUUCUCUCAUUCCUCAUCUGGGUCCUUCUCUGAUUUCUGUAUCUUGGUUUGUUUCCCGGAAUCGAAUAAGGUUCCUCCUCCUCCUCCUCCUUCUCCUUCGUCGUCUUCUUGCUUUGAUCGGAGUCUUUUCUUGGAGCCUACGGAAUUCCUCCUUCUCCUGAAAAGCCUCUCUAAGCCUUUGAAGAUGCAUGCUCUGUCUUGCUGAGAAUUGGAUUGGUCCGACUUUCUCGUUUCGUGUCCGCCGCUCCCUUUGCUUUCCGUCCUGUUUGCUUCCUUCGACGACCGAACCUCGAGAAUAUCUCGUUCGGCGCUUUGGGUCGGUGAUGCGCGAGGCUCUGUUUUGCAGUCGCCCCUUCAUGAACUAAAGAAGCUUUCGAUCUUCGUUUGUCGUGCGAUUCUUUCUUCAAUCCGCACCAAGUUUGCGGUAUUUUUUGUUUUAACAGUUGUAAAUCUUUUGUGAAUCGUUUCGUUAUUAUUUUAUUUUCUGUUGAGCACUUUCUUGGGACGUCCCAGCUUCGGUCAAAGAUGGCGGAUUACGCGCAUCAAUGUCGGUCACCGACUUUACGCACCGUCACUCCUGAUGCAGUCGCACGCGAAUACAACCAUCCGGCAGUCGGCCUCAACAGUCCAGAUCUGAGCGAUCAGAUGGACGAUCAGUAUACGGAUUCGUCCGUCUCCGAUUGCGAGAGCAGUGUCUCCUCUGAUCAAUCCGGCGCUGCUACAUCGCCGUUCGUCGGGAGCGGGUUGAUGGAACUCCAGGAGGGAGACAGGGUCCACCGCCUUAUCAAGGAGAGAUUCGUCUCGAGGCUAGGUGCCCUUGGGGGGCAAGUUACCGUGGCGGGAAUCCACCAGAAUUCCUACACCGGCGAGGCGGCGAGAGCACGGGCCCAAGCGUUUCAAAUUUACUCGGAGGCAGUGCAGAAGAAAGGAGGCGGCGACACCCCCAAUGUGAGGUACGCAUGGUAUGCAACCUCAAAGGAAGGGGUCUUGAAGAUCUUGUCGUAUGGUUUCGGCUACAGCGGGAAGCCUGAGAACAAUGGCUUGUAUGGUUGUGGAGUUUAUUUUGCUCCUGAUAAUCAUCCGCUCGAAAGCGUUAAGUCCGCUCCUAUAGACGAAGACGGCUUAAGGCAUCUGUUGCUUUGUCGGAUCAUAAUGGGAAAACCGGAGCUUGUCAGUCCUGGCUCCGAACAAUCUCAUCCGAGUUCGGAACAGUAUGAUUCGGGUAUCGACGACUUAUUAUCUCCGAGGAGAUAUAUUGUUUGGAGCACUCACAUGAACACUCACGUGUUGCCGGUGUACGUUGUCAGUUUUAGAGCCCCUCGUUGCUUGAGAGGACCGUUGAGAACUCCGGAAGAGUCACGCAAACCGACUUCCCCUUGGAUGCCGUUUCCGAUUCUGAUCUCUGAACUCUCGAAAAUCUUACGUCCAUCCGACUUGAGUUUGAUCUCCAAGUACUAUAAGGACCACAAAGGGGGAAAGAUUUCAAGGCAUAUGCUGGUACAGAAAGUCAGGCAAAUAGCAGGGGAUGGGUUGCUGACCAGAGUCAUCAAAAGUUUCAGAACAAAGAAGUGAAUAAUUUAUUCCGUUCUACAGCAAUUUGGUCGUGAAAGCGGCUGAUUAUUGGACCGUGCGUGGACUCGACUGGGGCGUGUAGAUACGAUCUGUUUUUUUUUUCGGCUUUGAUGAGUUCACAGCACACAGCGGCACGAGGACAUGGUUCACGAGAUGUGCAGGAGGGGAGGCCCAUCGCGGGGAAUCAGACGUUGACAUGAGCUACUAAUAGUCGGAUAGGAAAUAGGCUUUUUCUUUCUUUUUUUUUCGGAGUUUGUAUGAUCUGCUUGAUCUUUUGGAAUGUUUGCGCUCGGUUAUGGUCAUCGGAUGUAGUUUUCUCUCU